CUUUAUACCCAGAAAGUGAGAUAGAGGGAACAGACAUGGAACAAAACAAAGCAUAUUCAUACCAGGAUUUUCCCUUUCUUUCAUUUGGAACAAUGGAAAGCUGGUUGGUCGAUGUGAAGAGGGUGCGUAUCCCACGCCCUAAAUUUGGUUCCGGCAAUAGAUGCUACCCCACAGAACCACCGAAAGAUUACAUUUACGAUGAUACCAGGACGGAGGACCUUAAAUUCCGAUCUGGCCUCAGCUCUGCUAACCUCGUUAAAGCGACGGAGGAUCUUCGAAGGGCGUUACAGGAAAAACUGUGAAGAAUUCGUUGUCAUGCCCUUCGCAGACGUUUUUUUAGUUAUAUAAGGCAAUUCAUCUAACAAUACGUUUUUUUUCUAAAUAUGUAAUCGUUUUGCUACUCGUUGAAUGGAUUUGUAAACGAUAAGUUACUUUAUUAUUCACUAAUUACAAAUCACGUACGAUAGAUUUUAAGGCUUAAUACAUAGAGCAUUUCUUUUUAUUUUAUAUCUUUGUAUAUAAUCUGUGAUAUAUAUUUUUUUUCAU